AUGCUUGUUGCUUUUAAAUGCGCCGGGAGACCAAUAAAUGUUCUUUAUGGAACCCACCCUGGAGUAGGGAACGGUGCCCUUAACAACUAUACCUUCUGUCUCUACUGCUCCAAACCCAAGUCACCUCGAACCCAUCACUGCCGCACGUGUGGCAUGUGUGUCUUGGACAUGGAUCACCAUUGCCCCUUUAUUGGGAACUGCGUUGGUGCGGGUAAUCACAAAAACUUCAUAGCAUUCCUUAUCUCGGCCGUCAUAAGCACAAUCUACGCUUCUGCUAUGUGUGUAUAUUCCUUGAUUCAUAUUAUGCCACCUCUGGAAAAUGGAGCUGCGUAUGCAUCCAAUGUGGCACAUGGUGAUACUUUAUCGGUUCUGAGAGCAGUGAAGAAUAUUACUAUUGCUUACAUAGCCAAUGCUGUCUUAUUCUCUGUUCGAGGUCUUGUUCUAGUCUACCUCUUUGUGGCGAGUGUUUCUGUGGCGAUUGGGCUGAGUGUUUUGCUGUGGCAACAGCUUAGCUAUAUCUAUGAAGGCAAGACUUAUUUAAGCCAUUUAAGUUCUCAAGGAAGGGAGGAAGAUGGUGAAAAGAGCUGCCGGAAUCUUUUAACGUUUUUCGGGUGUCCACAUUCAAUUGAAAGGCACUUGCCAACUAUAAGGAACUUGAGGAAGAGACAUAAGACAUGA